AGAUGGAAGAUGAGGACAUCACAGCAGAUUGUGCGGGAGAAGAGACAAUGAGCUCAGCUAUGGAUAGUGGACGUCACAGUGUGGAGAGACCACGGACUCCCUCUGACUCUGAGCGGCCCCAUCCUGUGGGGGAUGGUGCCGGAAUUCAGGGGCAGAAGACAUUUUCCUGUCCUGAUUGUGGGGAAAGGUUCAUCUCUGAAUUAAGUCUUUCUGUACAUCAGAAAUAUCACACGGGUGAGAAGCUUCAUUCUUGUUCUGAGUGCGGGAAAGGUUUUCUUCAGAAAUCACAACUGGUCAGGCAUCAGAAAAUUCACACGGGUGAGAAGCUCUAUUCCUGUGCUGAGUGUGGGAAAAGUUUUUCACGGAAGUCCCAUCUUUUUAGACAUCAGAAUUUGCACAAAGGCGAGAAGCCGUAUGCCUGCCCUGACUGUGGGAAAAGUUUUUCAGAGAACUCUGACCUUGUUAGACACCAAAGAUCGCACACAGGGGAGAAACCAUUUUCCUGUCCUGAGUGUGGGAAAAGUUUUUCAAGGAAGUCCCAUCUUAGAGAUCAUCAGACAUGCCACACACAGGAAAAGUUGUUUUCCUGCCUUGAGUGUGGGAAAUGUUAUUCACGGAAAUCAGAACUUAUCAAACAUCAAAGAUCUCACACGGGUGAGAAGCCGUAUUGUUGUCCUGGGUGUGGAAAAUGUUUUCUCCAUAAAUCGGUGCUGAUCAGACAUCAGAGGUCCCACACGGGCGAGAAGCCUUUUCCCUGUCCAGAGUGCGGGAAAAGUUUCCCUCAGAAGUCCUGCCUCAUCAGCCAUCAGAAAUUACACACGGGCGACAAGCCAUUCUCCUGUCCUGACUGCGGGAAAUGUUACCCAAAGAAAUCAGAACUCGUCGUGCAUCAGAGAUCUCACACGGGGGAGAAGCCAUUUUCCUGUCCCGAGUGCGGGAAGCUAUUUGCGCAGAGGACCAAUCUUUCCAGACAUCUGAGAUUGCACACGGGGGAGAAGCCUUACGCCUGCCCCGAAUGCGGGAAAUGCUGUUCGCGGAAAUCAGACCUUGUUAAACAUCAAAGGUCUCACACGGGGGAGAAGCCGUAUUCCUGCCCUGAGUGCGGGAAAUGUUUUUCAGAUAAUACCACCCUCGCCAGACAUCACAGAUUGCACACGGGCGAGAAGCCUUAUACCUGCCCUGAGUGCGGGAAAGCUUUUUCACGGAGAGCAGACCUGGUGAUACACGAACGAUGUCACACAGACGAGAGGCCAUAUCCGUGCCCUGUGUGUGGGAAAGGUUUUACACACAAUUCCAGUCUUAACGCCCACAAGAGGUCUCACACGGGCGAGAAGCCGUACCCCUGUUCCGAGUGCGGAAAAUGUUUUUCCCGGAGGACUUAUCUUACCGAUCAUCAAGUGUGCCACGCGUUGGAAAAGCUGUACUCCUGCACCGAGUGCGGAAAGCGCUGCACGCGGCAGGCGGAUCUCGACAAGCAUCGAAAAUCCCACGUUGGAAAAGCUGGAAAUUUGAGCUAA